GACGGGCGAGGACUGAGCACACCCGGCGGGGAGAGACGCCCAGGCUCCCCGCUCAGCUGCCUCCCGAGCUUGGCGGCCCUCGCGCAAGGCGAGUACCGGGGACCGCGGGUGGGCUGCGCUGCGCUGCGUGGACCCGGCGGGCAUGGGAGGAAUGUCUUUUCGGUACUUUUUUUUCGGGUCCAUUUCCAGAGCGCAAAGGGCUGGUCUCUGGUUUCAGCCCCUUGGAUUUCGCUCCCGCGUGUGGGCGUCUAAAAGGAAACCUGAAGCGGGCUUAAGCACAUAAAGCAUUCACUGUACAGAAAAUAUUUUGAGACAUUUUCCUGUUGCAAGUGAGAGGGGAAAAACCAGUACAGAAGCGUACCCUCCUGUAUCUCAUUGUACUCAGCUUAGUAAUGAAGCCACCAUUAUGUCCUCAGUCAGUGAAGUAAAUGUUGACAUCAGAGAUUUCCUAAUGAGCAUUAAUUUGGAGCAGUAUCUCUUACACUUCCGGGAAUUUGGUUUUAAUACUGUGAAGGACUGUGCAACCAUAAAUGACGGCAUCCUACANGAAAUUGGAAUAUCACCUACGGGACACCGGAGGAGGAUAAUUAAACAGUUACAGAUAAUCUUGUCAAAAAUGCAAGAUAUCCCAAUAUAUGCAAAUAUUCAUAAAGCAAAGAAGAAUGAUGAGACUUCAAGGGAUCACCAUGCCCCAUCUUCUGAUCAGGAUACCUGCAUAGAACUUUCGAAUUCAUGUAGUGCUCAGACCCCAAGCCCAAUGCGGUUGGAAACUGUUACAAAAACUCCCGAUCACAAUGCUGUUAGUGUGGAAAAUAGUCAGUCUUGUAAGUCAGAUGAUAAGCUGUCUCUUCCUGAACAUAACUUUCCUCUUCCAGAAGAAAAACCACACCUGAAUUUAGGCUCUUUUCAAGAUUCUUUACUUGGUAGAGAAAAUAUUAAACUAGAAUCUUUGAUUGCAAAGAAGCCUGUGGAUGGUACAAUUGAAGAACAAACAGGAAACGCUGAUUUGAUCUCAGAAAAUGCAAGCAAGUUUCCUAACACAGACUCUGUAUGCCUUUCCUCCCUUGGCUGUCCAUUGUCAGAAGCAAAUUCUGGAGAUGGAACUAAUGGUUUAUUAGAAAAAUCGCCACCAUCCCCAUUCUUUAAAUUUCAAGGAGAAAUGGUUGUAAAUGAUUUGUAUGUCCCAUCAUCACCAUUCCUAGCGCCUAUGAGAAGUCGUAGCAAGUUGGUUUCAAGGCCAUCUCGAUCUUUUCUGCUAAGACAUCGGCCUGUACCAGAGAUUCCAGGGUCAUCAAAAGGAAUUUCAGGGAGUUUUUUUUUACAACAUUUCACAUUAUUCACAUCUUUCCAUUCUCAUCGUAUUAUAGUUUCCACAAAAGAUUCAAAUGAGGAGAAUUCAUCUUCCAUCUUUCCUUAUGGAGAGACCUUUCUCUUCCAGAAACUAGAAAAUUCCAAGAAGAAAUCUAUAAAGAAUGAAUUUUGGACCCAUGAAGGAACACUCAAAAUGGAAGGAGCUACUGAAAGAAACUCUUUUCUUGUCACAUCAAGCAUAUAUGAUAACAGGAAGGAGAAUGUAAGUGAAGACAAAGCGGAAGACAUUUGGAUACCUCGAGAGGACAAAAACAGCCUUCCGAUAGACUCUGCUUCAGAUUCAGAAUAUUCAACAGUUGAAGAAUGCUUUCAGAGCUUAAGAAGAAAAAAUUCGAAGGCAUCUAAGUCUAAGACUCAAAAACCAUUGAAUUUGGACCCUGUUAAUAGGCAUAGUUAUCCGUUAAGCUCAACAAGUGGAAAUGCUGCUUCAUCCGCCAUUUCCUCAAAUGCAAUAUCUCCUUAUGCCUGUUUUUAUGGAUCAUCUGUAAGGAAGGUGAAAUCGGGAUGGCUAGACAAACUCUCCCCUCAAGGAAAACGCAUGUUUCAGAAGAGAUGGGUGAAAUUUGACGGCUUUAGCAUUUCUUAUUACAAUAACGAGAAGGAGAAGUAUUCGAAAGGAAUAAUUCCACUUUCUGCUAUAUCUACAGUACGAUCUCAAGGCGACAAUAAAUUUGAAGUUGUUACAACACAAAGAACUUUUGUUUUUAGGGUAGAAAAAGAAGAGGAGAGAAAUGACUGGAUCACCGUACUAUUAAAUGCACUGAAGUCGCAAUCCCCCUGGCAGUCUCAAGCAUUGGCUGCCCCUGAGAAAUGUGGAUAUCUUGAAUUGAGAGGUUAUAAAGCCAAAAUUUUUACUGUGUUAAGUGGAAACAGUGUGUGGCUUUGCAAAAAUGAACAGGAUUUUAAGAGCGGACUUGGUAUUACCAUAAUUCCUAUGAACGUAGCAAAUAUAAAGCAAGUGGACCGAACUGUGAAACAAUCCUUCGAAAUAAUCACCCCCUACAGAAGUUUUAGCUUUACAGCUGAGUCUGAAAAGGAGAAACAGGAGUGGAUUGAAGCUGUGCAGCAAUCGAUAGCAGAAACUCUCUCUGAUUAUGAAGUAGCUGAGAAGAUUUGGUUCAAUGAGUCCAACAGGAGCUGUGCAGAUUGUAAAGCCCCGGACCCUGACUGGGCAUCUAUCAAUCUCUGUGUUGUCAUCUGUAAGAAGUGUGCAGGACAACAUAGAUCUUUAGGACCAAAAGAUUCCAAGGUUAGAAGUCUCAAAAUGGAUGCCAGCAUUUGGAGCAAUGAACUCAUCGAGCUUUUUAUUGUCAUCGGAAAUAAAAGAGCAAAUGACUUUUGGGCUGGUAAUCUUCAAAAAGAUGAAGAAUUACACAUGGACUCACCAGUAGAAAAGAGAAAAAACUUUAUCACUCAGAAGUACAAAGAAGGAAGAUUCAGAAAAACCCUUUUGGCAUCUCUCACCAAAGAAGAGUUAAAUAAGGCUCUGUGUGCUGCUGUAGUGAAACCGGAUGUUCUAGAAACAAUGGCUUUGCUGUUCAGUGGAGCAGAUGUCAUGUGCACCACUGGGGACCCCGUGCAUAGCACCCCCUACCUGCUGGCCAAGAAGGCAGGGCAGAGUCUGCAAAUGGAAUUUCUCUACCACAACAAGUUCUCAGAUUUUCCUCAACAUGACAUUCAUUUUGAAGGCGGAUUAAGUCAAGAGACUUCCCAGUCCACGUUCCUCUGUGACUUUUUGUAUCAGGCUCCUUCUGCUGUUUCUAAAGCCUCUUCAGAGAAAAAACUGCUUGAAGAGACAAAUAAAAAGUGGUGUGUUUUGGAAGGAGGCUUCUUGAGUUACUAUGAAAAUGAUAAGUCUACUACACCUAAUGGCACCAUUAAUAUCAAUGAAGUUAUCUGCCUGGCAGUCCACAAAGAGGACUUCUAUUUAAAUACCGGGCCCAUCUUUACUUUUGAGAUCUAUUUGCCCUCAGAACGUGCAUUCUUAUUUGGAGCUGAAACAUCUCAAGCCCAACGAAAAUGGACAGAAACAAUAGCUAAGCAUUUUGUUCCCUUUGUUGCUGAAAGCUUAACAGAAGCUGACUAUGAUUUGAUUGGUCAACUCUUCUACAAAGACUGCCAAGCCCUGGAUCAGUGGAGACAAGGCUGGUUUGCUAUGGACAAAUCUAGUUUGUAUUUUUGCCUUCAAAUGCAAGAAGUUCAGGAAGAUAGAAUGUACUUAAGAAGACUGCAAGAGCUAACCACCAGCACAAUGGUUCAAAAUGGGGAAAAAAUGGAUGUCUUACUUUUGGUAGAAAAAGGGAGAACAUUAUACAUCCAUGGGCAUACGAAGCUGGAUUUCACAGUCUGGCAUUCUGCAAUUGAAAAAGCAGCAGGUACAGAUGGCAAUGCAUUACAAGAUCAGCAGCUCAGCAAAAAAGACGUUCCCAUUAUCGUGAACAGCUGUAUAGCAUUUGUUACACAGUAUGGUUUAGGGUGCAAAUAUAUCUAUCAAAAGAAUGGUGAUCCUUCGCAUGUAAGUGAACUCCUGGAGAGUUUCAAAAAGGAUGCAAGAAGCUUUAAAUUGAGGGCUGGGAAACAUCAGCUUGAAGAUGUGACAGACGUGUUGAAAAGUUUUCUCUCUGACAUCGAUGAUGCACUUCUUACGAAGGAGCUCUACCCAUACUGGAUCUCCGCUUUAGAGUACAUAAGGGUUAAAGAAGAUCAAGUCAAACAAAUGGACAUAGAAAAUAGCUUUAUUACCAAGUGGAAAGACACUCAAGUUUCCCAGGCUGGAGAUUUGUUAAUUGAAGUGUAUGUAGAAAGGAAGGAACCUGACUGCAGUAUUAUCAUCCGGAUAUCUCCAGUGAUGGAAGCAGAAGAAUUAACUAAUGAUAUAUUAGCAAUAAAAAAUAUUAUUCCUACAAAAGGUGAUAUCUGGGCCACGUUUGAAGUCAUUGAAAAUGAAGAGCUAGAGCGCCCUCUUCACUACACAGAAAACGUGUUGGAGCAGGUGCUUCGGUGGAGUUCAUUAGCUGAACCUGGCUCUGCUUAUCUAGUGGUGAAGAGAUUCUUAACCAUUGACACAAUUAAACACUAUCAUGAGAGGAGAGCCCUGGAAAGUAUCAAAGAGGGAACCUUGAAAAUCAAAGAAGAACCAUCUAAAAUCUUGUCUGGAAAUAAGUUUCAAGACCGAUAUUGUAUUUUACGAGAUGGAUAUCUAUUUCUUUACAAGGAUGUGAAGAGUAGUAAACACGACAAAAUGUUUUCUCUGAGUUCAAUGAAGUUUUAUCUUGGAGUGAAAAAGAAGAUGAAGCCUCCAACAAGUUGGGGAUUGACAGCAUGUUCUGAAAAACAUCACUGGCACCUGUGUUGUGAUAGUUUACAAACUCAGAUGGAGUGGAUGGCCAGUGUCUUUAUUGCCCAGCAUGACAACGAUAUACGGCCACCAGCUGGACAGGAACGAAAACGUUCUAUAACCAAAAAUCCCAAAAUCGGAGGUUUGCCUCUAAUUCCCAUCCCUCAAGAGAGAAAUGCAAGCCAAGCCCGGAGAAAUAUCGAGAGUGCGAGAGCAGAACUGGAAAAACUGCGGCACAGCGAAAAGCGUGACCAAGAGUCUGGGGACAGCACCUUGAAGGAGAGAGUGUCCAUGGUGGCCCACUGCCUGGAGCACAGGGACGAUAAACUUCGAAAUCGAACCAGAAAACAUCGGAGUUUCAACUGUCUGGAGGACACAGAGGCUGAGGUCCUUCCUGGGCAGCAGAGGGGCCAGAAAGGCCUGAGGACAUUGAGGAAGACCGAGGACAGGAACGGCAAGGCUGCUUUGGACCCUGAUAAUAAGUUACCAUCAAAGGUCAUCGAAGAACUUAGCGUGGUUCUACAGAGGUCAAGGACCCUUGCAAAAGAGUUAUAGGUGAAGCAGCCACGUUAUACAUUCACUACACUUCAGCUCUUCGUGGGUGGCUGGUAUGAAGCUUACACCGUACUGAAGAGAAUGCGUGCACAAGACCUGGCAUGGAUGCCGUCUGCACGGCUGCUGUGCACAACAC